GAGUGUACAGCGCGAUGGAGCUCGAUCGGAGGGGCCGUGAACGCCCCGCUUCGAUGAUUGGACGCCAGCUCGACACCGAAUCCGAGCCCUACAGUUCGGGUUGGAUCCCGUCCCCCGCGUUCUUCUUCGAGUGCUUGGAGUUCGUGACAGGGAUGAACUUCGACGUGAUGCUUCGGACGGCCAUCGCCCACUCCGACGCCCAGGAGGAGCCAGAGGCAGAUGGAGCAGGGGCGCCAGUCCAGGCUACAGCGUCGAAGAAGUCCGACCAGAAGGAUACGUCAUCUCAGCUCAAGCUCUUAAAGAGCUCGGGCGAGGUUAUUGAGUUGCCACCGGAUGUUCAUGUGGAGGAGGGACUGCCUGACCCUGCUCCUGAUCGCUGGUACGCCGUAGGCGCUACGAGUGACAAGUACCUCGGUAAGAUCACGGAUUUGAGCGCAAUUCUGUCUUUCACUAUAUCGGGGAUCGGCCUCGCAUUGUACCAAAGUUACGCGGUGAUCCACUCCACCCAGGCGCCCAAGGACGGCUCCCUGGACACGAGGGUGUUGGGAAUCCGCGAGGCGGGGGAGGAGGGCAGGCACCUGAGCUGGAGGGACGCAGCCAGCGAGUUUUCGGAGACGGAGAGGCCGAAAUUCCCCAUCUCAGCGGGGGUCCAGUCAGUGGUAGAUCAUGCGUUCUGCUGUCGACUCUUGCGGUUGGCUGUCGUGUGCGAUCAAUUGAAUAUCACAGAGUUGGCGUGCGCGGAGCUGGUGUCUCGUAAGUUGCAGAUGUGUGAGUGCAGGUGUCGGGGGCGAGCCAUCGGCGCCGCCCGGGGCCGUGAGUUGCUCGAGGAUGCCCACCUUUAUCUGGGCGUCGGAGAGACGCGUGGCCUGGUUAUGGUCUCGCCCUCCCUGUUGUCCUACGUGUUCGAGAAGUUGAAGACGGAUGCCGCUAUCCUGAAGGGGCGGGAGAAGAUGCGUGAGGGGCGUGCCGAGCAUCGAGCGUCGGCAAGCAGCAAGAAAGGCACGGGCGGCCUGGCGGCUCUGCAGAGCCUGGUCGACAAGCAGCGCUCAGAGAUCACGAAGCGGAAGGCCCAGAUCGCCACCCCCGGCAAGGCUCACCCUGCUCCCGUGGUCGUGCAGCGGGACCUCUUGCCCGUGCCGCUGCACGCGGCGUCCGCGAUCUUAGAGUCACCGAGGCUGGAUGCUCUCGCGGCUCCGAGGCGCGGCCGCGGACGACGGGCUGUGCAGGAUGCGUUCAUCAACUCGUCGACGUUGGAGUGCCUGGCGGCGGUCAACUGGCUCUACGGCGAGGGGGGCAGCCCCGACCUCGACUCCUUUCCUCUCUUUCAGCGUGCGGGCGUUCUGGGCUUGAGGCGGCGCUUGGCGGCGCUGGGUCCACCGCCCGUCAGCUCGGCGGCAGCUCUUCGUGAGUUGCGCCGCGCCACCCCAGGCUGCCUCGAUGAGCCUGUGACGCCAGCCGCGUUCGCCGUUGACUCGAUCGCCCUCCCUCUGGUUGACGUCGAGUGCAAGUCUGGCGAGCACCUGGUCGGUGAGGCGAGCGACUUGUGGCGUGACUGGAGGGCCAGACCCUGGCGCCCGAAGGAGGAGCGUUCUGCUGCAAUUCGCCCCCACUUUGACGAGGUCCUACGUCGAGACAAGUUGACCUACUGCGAGUUUCUGAGGCGCCUCGUCAAGGCGGGAAUGACCACCUUCGGAGAGGACGCCUCCUGCGCCAUUGCACCGUUCUUCGUCGCGAAGUUCGAUGGGGGGCGCCGUCUGAUUCUGGAUGCGAGGAUGGUCAACUCCUACUGCGACGAGCUUGUGGUCGAGCAGGUGGCCGUCGAGGCGACCUUCUACCGCGUGGGGGCCCCCUUCGGGCUGGCCGAGCUCAUGGUCCUGCCCGGCGUUCUCGUGUCUGAUUUGCUGAAGCUCGAUCCCUCGUUGCCCGUGGACAUGGUUAAGGGAAAGCGUGCCGCUCCACGCCUGGUCGUGCCCCCCAUGGGGUGGAACUGGUCCUUGCACUUCUGCCGGCGCGUCGUCCUGGCGCAAGUCUUGAAGGCAGGCUUCCGCGAGCAGGACAUGAUCGGCGACGGGCAUGUGGUGAAGGGCGUCACCCGCGGCCCCGCGGUCACCACCUACUUGCGCGGUGUCGCGGUAGUUGGCGUGGAUCGGAAGCAG